AUGGAAUGUGAUCAAGUUCAUAUUGAUGAUAUACGUGGAGAUGAUAAUUAUCAAGAUUUAAUGAAUUAUCGUUCAGACAAUGAAGCAUGUGGAGAAAAUUCUUCAACAAUAUCACAAUCGAUUAUUUUAUCAUCAUCAUCGUCAACAACAGCAACAACAACGAUACAUGCACCGAUGACAUCUUCAUUAGAAACUUCAUCACCCAUAAAUGGGAGUAUGCUGUCACCACCACCAAUAUCCUCAGUAGCACCAUUAACAAAUAUGAUUGGAGAAAUUCCAACUAGAGUUAAUACACCGACCUUACAUGGCAGUAUGGAAUGGAUGCGUAAAUUGGGAUUUCGUUAUCGUAGAAUACGUGAAAUCUAUAACUAUUCAAGACAUAAUGUUAGUGUACUUUUAGGUUAUCCUAAAGCAAAUCAAUGGAUUCAUUUAAAAAAUAAUUUGGAUAUAUUAACUGAUCAUUGGUUAAGUAUGGCUAUAAAAGCAACAGAGAAAAUUAAUAAUCGUGAAGAUAGUGUUAAUAUAUUAGUAACAACAACACAAUUUAUACCAUCAUUAGCAAAAAUUUUACUAUAUGGAUAUGGUAAUUCAUUUCAAAUUGAAAAUAUUUAUUCUGCUACAAAAGUUGGUAAAGAGAAUUGUUUUGAACGAAUCGCAUCAAGAUUUGGAAGAAAAUGCACUUACGUAGUUAUUGGAGAUGGUAAAGAAGAAGAAGACGCUGCAAAACAGUUCCACUGGCCAUUUUGGAGAAUAAAUACUCAUUCGGAUUUGAAUGCUUUAAAUCACGCUUUGGAUUUAGGAUACUUAUAAUUUAAUAAUCUUAUGUGAAGUAUUCAUUUUUGAUUUUUGCUCUUGCAUUAUUAUUAUUAGUAGUAUAUUUCAUAUAAUAUAAAUUCAAACAACUUACGUUUUUAUUUUAGAAAAUAAAGUAUCUAUCUUUAACAAAUCUAACAUGUA